CACUCGUAACGACCAACUUUACAUUACACAACGAACCAUUAUGCGUUGAGGCAGGCAUUCUGAAAUUCUCCUAAUCCCAAAAAAAACCCUAAUACAAUUUGAUUUGAAAAAGUACGGUGGAGGUUCCUUUGUCCCUUCUCUUUCUCCUCCUUGUUUCAACCCAUACCAGAAACCCUUUCCCAAAAAUCUUCCCAACAAAUUUUACAGUAGUCUGCACACAAAAUCUCGCUUCGAUUCCUAUUACUCGUUGUAGUUUCUUCUUGUUUCCCCUUGGAUUAACAAUGGCAGACGAGAUGGCGAUAAACGGGGUCGCACCGCGCGAGGACGACGGAUCAGUGGAAGUCUUCGUGGAUUUCGACGAGACCGACGCCGCCAACGCCAAGGCAGCACCAUCGGGCCUGACGAUGGCACAGAAGAUAGAGGUCCUAGAGCAAGAGAAGCGACAACUGGUCCACGAGAACGACGUCGUGAGGGAGAGGAUCGACAAGCUGAAGGAAGAGAUCAAGGGUUUGGAGAGCGACAAGGCUGAGCUGAAGAGAGAAGUCGAGCAGUCUGGGGCGGACAAGCGGGCGCUAGAAUCGAUCUCCGCUAGGGCUUACGCACUCGAGACCGAGGUCUCGAGGCUGCAGCAUGACCUGAUCACGUCGGUGAACGAGGGAGAGGAGGCGGGGAGAGAGAUAGUUGAGUUGAGGAGAGAGGUUGAGGGGUUGAAGGAGCGCGCGUCGAGAGCGGAGGUGUUUGAGAAGGAAAGGGAUCUUUUGCUGGAGAGAGUUGAUGAGAGAGACGAUGAGGUAAGGAAAAUUAGGAAGGUGGUGGAGGAUAGGGAGGCGUUGGCAGCGAAAAAGGAGUUGGAGGUGGAGAGGGUGAAGAAAGAGAGGGAUGAGUUGGAAGGGCUUUUGGAAGUGGCGGAGAGGAAGGGUAGGGAGAUGGAGGAGAAGGUGGCGGAGUUGCGCAAGGAGUUGGAGGCGCGGGAGAAAAUUAUAUGUGGGUUGAAGGAGAGGGCAGUUGAUUUGGUUAAUGGGAGCAAGGCGGUGGUUGUGGAUGGGGAGUUUAGGGUGGAUGGGGAGUUUAGGGGGGAUGGGGAGGUGAAGGGGUUGGUGGGUUUGAAGGUGCAGUGGCCGGUGGCUGCAGCGGCUGCGGCUACUGGAUUGGCGAUUGGAGCGGGGGCUGUGUUGUGCUAUGUUCGCUGCAUGAGGGAAAGGUGAUUGAGUAGUAGUGGUGUGGAAGAACCUGAUGAAAGUUUCAGGUUAGGAUUGUGUUUCAGUUUUGUCAGCUGCUUUACUUUUGCGUGGCUUUAUUACUUUAAGCCUUAAAGUAGAGAUUUACUCUAAAGUUGGAAUGUUUUGUUGUUUGCCAGUAACUAUUUUGUUUGCUACCUUAAUCGGCUCAUACCGUAUUGGGCAUGGUGGUUAUGCACAUUCAUUUUGGUCGAAUUGUUCACUAUGUUUAACAUGGAUACUUUUUUAA